AUGCCCUUUAUGAGAAAACUUUUUCCAUUAAUUAUAUUGGUAUCUUUUACACUUUCUGUACAGCGCUUGCACUCAGAAAAUGCUACAAAAGGUGACAACAUAGGCGCAGAGUUUUUUAAUUCUAAUAAUGAUUCUCUACCACAGCUUACUACAACCAAUGCUUGGUCAGACAACUUAAUGAAAAAUGAGUUACUGAAGAAUUUGUUCAACGGAAAACCAAGAAGUCUGUCAACUAUUGUUUUAGGUAUGAUUACGGAAGGAUUUAGUGCAUUCGAUUUACUGGAAAACCUGCAACCUUCAGAAUGCUUACAGGUUUGUCUGGAAGAAGUUACUAGCAUGUUAGAGCAGCCAUUCGUUGGACAACGCUCCAUAGAUGAAGUUGGCAAUAUUUGUAGCCAUUUUGAUGUAUUCCAAAGAUGUCUCCAUCAUAACACCAGUUGUAAAGAUUCUUUACUUGCUAUAACGACAAUGGUUAUUCAUUAUCUUUGUAACGCAAAUCAAGAAGUAUUGGAAAAUACAUUACCUUGCUUGUAUAACCAUGCAACCGUUAUUUAUUUUACUUGUGACAAUGAAUGUGAUCUGGGUAAGAUUGUUUCUGGAGCAGCAAUUGAGCGAAAAUCUAUCCCUGAAAGCAAGGAAAGUAAAGUCCCAAAUUUUUAUGAACUUUGUAGUGCUUCUUCAUGCUUUAUCAACUGCAUUCAACAAAAAGUUAGAAGAGAGUGCUCGCUUGGUCGCUUAUCACUGCUGCAGAGGGCAGUAACAGAAGUGAUAAAUCAUACAAUUAAAACAAAUCCGAUGCCACAAAUGAAAUCCUCUGAUGCUUAUACCUUAUUAGUAUCGUCUAUCUUACCACAAGAAUGCCAUAGAUUGGAGUUAAAUUCUGGGGAUGAAAUUUACAAUUUGUCGACAGCAGAUUUUGCAGACAUGGAAUAUAAGAAUAGUGAUGCUGAUAUGUACAUAAAGAAAAAUGAUGGCAUAAAAACAAUUGUGGAUAGCUAUACAACUAAUCAAACACCAUCUAUUUAUGUACAAACAUUCCCGCUAAAUGGCCACCAGAUGAAGCUGCAGUGUCAGAUUAUUGACCUAGAAACAGGGCAAGCAGCUUCUGCAACAAAUGUUACAGCAUUCAUGUCUACUGCAAUUGAGGGUAUAUUCCAACAGUUUGGCUUACGAAGCGUUGAAAUGGAGCAAACACCCAAGCGUGCAAAAAAAAUACUUACCAGUCAUAAAACCUCAAACGGUGAAGUAUAUGUGAAGGCAUCACUCUGUGAUUCAUUAAUGAUGAUUUCUCUCUCCCUUUUACUCAAGUCAAUUGUGUGGAUGGACUGA